GCCGCCGCCGAGCUGGACCGCAGCGGCCCGGCGACCAUGCGCCGCCUCCCGCAGGUCCCGCUGCUGCCGCUGCCCCUCGCCCUGCUCCUGGCCGCGGGCGCCCCCGAGGCGCCGGUCAGCGCGCCGCGGACCCUGGUGUGGGGGCCCGGGCUGCAGGCGGGCGUCGUUCUGCCCGUCCGCUAUUUCUACCUGCAGGCCGUCAACUCGGAGGGCCAAAACCUCACUCGCUCGCCCCCAGGUCAAACACUAUUCAAAGUAGUAAUCAAAUCUCUUUCACCUAAAGAGUUAGUCCGGAUUCACAUCCCUAAACCAUUGGACAGGAAUGAUGGAACAUUUUUGAUACGAUAUAGGAUGUAUGAAACUGUCAAUGAAGGGCUGAAGAUAGAGGUCCUUUAUGGUGAUGAACAUGUGGCUCAGUCUCCCUAUAUUUUGAAAGGACCAGUGUACCAUGAGUACUGUGAGUGUCCAGAAGAAGAUCCUCAGGCCUGGCAGAAAACUCUGUCUUGUCCAACCAAGGAACCACAGAUUGCAAAAGAUUUUGCUUCUUUUCACAGCAUCAAUCUCCAGCAAAUGCUAAACGAAGUUCCUAAAAGGUUUGGGGAUGAGAGGGGCGCCAUUGUUCAUUACACAAUUCUCAAUAACCACAUCUACCGGAGAUCUUUAGGGAAAUACACAGACUUCAAAAUGUUCUCUGAUGAGAUUUUGCUGUCACUGGCAAGAAAGGUUCUUCUCCCAGAUUUGGAAUUUUAUGUUAAUCUUGGAGAUUGGCCCUUGGAGCAUCGAAAAAUCAAUGAAACCCCUGGCCCUUUACCUAUCAUUUCAUGGUGUGGCUCUCUGGACUCACGAGACGUUAUCCUCCCAACGUAUGACGUCACCCACUCCACACUUGAAGCAAUGAGAGGUGUUACAAAUGAUCUCCUCUCUAUUCAGGGAAAUACAGGGCCUUCCUGGAUCAAUAAAACAGAGAAAGCUUUCUUCAGAGGUAGAGACAGCCGAGAGGAGAGGCUUCAGUUGGUGCAGCUGUCCAAAGAAAAUCCACAGCUCCUAGAUGCAGGCAUUACAGGAUAUUUCUUUUUCCAAGAGAAAGAAAAGGAGCUUGGAAAAGCUAAAUUGAUAGGCUUCUUUGAUUUCUUUAAGUACAAGUAUCAAGUGAAUGUGGAUGGGACCGUGGCUGCUUACAGAUAUCCGUAUCUCAUGCUGGGCGACAGUCUGGUUCUGAAACAGGAGUCGCCAUAUUAUGAGCAUUUCUAUAUGGCACUAAAGCCUUGGAAACAUUAUGUUCCAAUUAAAAGAAAUCUCAGUGAUUUACUAGAAAAAGUUAAAUGGGCCAAGGAAAAUGAUGAAGAAGCCAAGAAGAUUGCCAAAGAAGGGCAGUUGACUGCUAGGGAGCUGCUACAGCCCCACAGGCUAUACUGCUACUAUUACCAAGUACUACAGAAAUAUGCUGAGCGCCAGUCCAGCAAACCAGAAAUACGUGAUGGAAUGGAACUUGUUCCUCAGCCAAAUGAUAAUGAAUCCAUCUGCCAGUGCCACAGGAAAAGGCCUUUAAGAGAAGAGCUUUAAGUCAGUCCAGAUUCCCUCCUGUGUAUGCCAGUGACAUCUGUAAUGGAAGCAUUCAGAUAGAAUCUAAGCCGUGAAGAACACAGCUUGGAAGACUUUAUCCAAUGGACUAGUUCUCUUGGUGGCUUUAUAUAAUGUGGAUGGAUAGAGCAAUGUUAGAGCAAGUAUUACCAAAUAUCUUUGGAUAUUAAUGUCUUUUGAGUACAAACUGCUAUUAUCAGCAUCAUAGUGUUUCUAAAAAGAAAACUUGGGGAUCAUAGCAGAUAGAGAGGCUUGCCAAAAUCUAAAUCACUCUCUAUGAAACUGUUUACGUCAUAUUUAUUGGUUUGUUUCUAUCCCUUGUCCACUUUUCCUCUUCCACUUCCAAUUAUGAAGAAAAAAUAUUUGUGCAGAGCUUUUUUUCCCCGCUCUGCAACUUUCUCCUCCUAUAAGCUGCUUUGGCAUUCAGUAAUAGAAAGCCGCCUCUAGGAAGGUCUGAUAAGAAUAAUUAAGGAAGAUGAGGAAGACUCUGUUAUUAAAGGUAGCUUGGAGACUAUGGAAGGGAUAUUUUUUUAAAGCUCAUUCCUAUCUUUUUAACUAAGCUUUACUAAGGCCUGAGACAAAAUUGAGUAGAAAUUGUGCCUUAAGCUAGUAAUUCCCAAUCUAUCUGGGUUGGACACCCAUGAAGGACAACAUAAUUAUUAAAGUAGAUUAGAGCAUCUUUUGGGUACCAUUCAUUAUCUGUGUAUUGAAUAAAUCAAAGAUAAUUAUAGUCAGGUGGGAAUCUUUAAUUCUUUUUACUCUUUAAAAGGGAUACUUGAAAACGUCUGCAGCAAGCUGCAGGGAGGCUGGUGUCUUGGAAUUUGCUAAUAAUCUAACAAAGGCAAGCAUCCCCUCCUCACUACACCCUUCUUAUCUUACUGCUAAGAUAAAAACUUUGGAAAUUUCCUUUGCCUUUUAGGACAGGGUCAAGACUUAAGACUUAUAACCCAGAAAUUCAUCACAUACUCCUUGUAACAACACCAAUGCAAGAUUCACUUCACUAAAGAACAUACUCCAAAAACAAGAGCUAUCCACGCUCCCAGUCUAAAAAUAUUCACUUCCCUAAUUGAAAUAUUUACUUAAUCUGGAAAACAAUGUAACUGCUUUAAAGUAGUCAUAUAUAUUCUUUAUUGAAAAUCAACAAGAACACAGGAUUUUUUUUUUUUAACUAGACCAAAGCAAAACCACAUUUCAAAACCGUGAAAUCGAAGCCCAGUAUCCAUGGAAAACUCCAAUAGCCACCAAUUGUUCAAAACCACAAGUGUACACGUAUAAAAUAAAGAGCAAGCUGUACUGGGACCAUACCCUAAUGAAUCCAUGUCCUACACAUAUUGUACAUGGAGUUUGGGGCUUGUCAAAGCUAAGUUAUGGAAAGAAAGUUUGCCCUCCCUCACACUGCCCUGCCCUCCAACCCCAGGUCCUUCCUGAUGACUAAUGGCAUUUUGUUAGAAACAUCUUACAUUUUUAAAAUUUCUAUCACCUGCUGCCAAACAAGUUUGAUAGUUAAAAGCAAGUUGAGACAAACCAGGCAGCUUCUGGCAUGAAACAGGAAGGAUAUGCUUAAGAAAUUAAGUGGAGCCCCUCAAAAAAUUCCAAAAGGAGAGAGCAGCUUUAAUCUAGAAAAUCCUUCAUCCACCACCUCAGUCAUAGCCUUUAAAAAGAGUUUGUUUUACGUGGCUUUCUUGUCAUGAAUAUAAUUUAGUAAAAAUAGGAUUACUAAAACCCUGAUUCUUUCCAAGAGGAAAGAAUCAUAUUACCCACAUAUUCUAUUAGUCAUUUUUAAUACUUCAACUUUCAUUAAAAAUAUCUGAUUUUUAAAAGGAGGAGAGGGCUGUAAGGAUAUGCAAGUAAAUAUAAUAACCACAUUUGUCUAAAUAAGCUAUCAACAUGUUUGUUGCAGCAUUGUUUUUUUGAAUAAAAUGUUGGAAACACCUUAAAUAGCCAUUAUGAAGGAACUGGCUAAAUAGAAAUUGACACAUCAAGCAAUACAGUAUUACCAUUAAAAAGAAUGAAGUAACUCUAAAUGUACUAUCAUGAAAGAUUUCCAUGACAGUGUUCAGUGAAAAAAGCAAGAUACAAAACAUGUAUAAUGUGAAACCAUUUAUGUAAAAACAAAAAUAUAUCCAUGUGGUUGAAAGUUUGGAAGGAUAUUCACCAAUAUCUGAGGAGGGGAUGGAGAGAAGAGAAUUUUUACUUUUGUUAUAUACCUGUCUAUGAUAUUUUAAAUGUUUUUACUCUAAGUAUGAAUCAGAUUGCAAAAUAAAGAAAAAUGCAAACCUAGGAAAAGACAAUAAAUGUACAAUAUAUAUAGGAAAAGAAGAUGGAUAUUUAUAUUUUCCAUUAUGCUGUUUUAAAAUCUACUAUGUCUAGAAUUUUAUAUCAUGGGACGUAUUAUAUACACUUUUUAAAUAAAGUAAAUUUUCUAAAUAAAAUUUUGAAAAAGAUAAAUUUCAU